CCUUUCCCACCCGAAAAAAAAAAAUCUCCAAUUCCCCACCCCAACGCGCUACCCUAACCAGAUUUCGCCGCUUGCUCCCCGUCGACCUCCCCCAUCUCCCUCCAGCUAACCCUAGCCCAGCCCCCGAGAUCUACUCCGCGCGAGCAGCCAUGGCCGAGACGCUCGACAUGACCCUCGACGACAUCAUCAAGAACAACAAGAAGAGUAACUCCUCCUCCGGUGGGGGCCGCCGCAGCCGCGGCGGAUCCGCCCCUGGCGGCGGCGGCGGCGGCGGCAGCGGCGGGGUCGGGCCGACCAGGCGCCCCUUCAAGAGGGCCGGGAACAGGCAGGCGCCCUACCAGCCGCCGAAGGCCCCCGACGUUGCGUGGCAGCACGACAUGUACCCUGCGGUCGCCGCAGGAGGAGGCGGCGGCGGGAGGGUCUCGGCUCUCGAGACUGGUACCAAGCUCUACAUCUCCAACCUGGACUUUGGGGUUUCGAACGAGGAUAUCAAGGAGCUUUUCUCUGAGCUAGGUGAUCUGAAGCGCUACUCCAUAAAUUAUGAUCGAAGUGGCAGGUCUAAGGGUACAGCAGAAGUUGUAUUCGCAAGGCGUUCUGAUGCUGUAGCGGCAGUUAAGAAGUAUAACAAUGUCCAACUUGAUGGUAAGCCCAUGAAGAUAGAGAUAGUUGGGACCAAUACUCCAACUGCAGCUGCUGCUCUUCCAGUCUCUAAUGGUGGCCAUGCUAGGAAUGCUGCGAGGAGUGCACCUAGGGGUGCCGCCCCAGCAGGUAUGCCGCAGCGUAGACCCCAUCAGAGGGGUGGGAGGCGUGGUGGUGGAUCUGGUGGUGGUCGUCGUGGCAAAGAGCGCAGCACGCCGAAGUCGGCUGAAGAACUUGAUGCUGACUUGGAGAAGUAUCAUGCUGAUGCGAUGCAGACCAACUAAAUACUUUCACAAAUUUGAUAUUUGGCAUCAAAUAUGAAGCGCAUUAGUCCUUUCAUUCCAGCUGUUUGUGCUACUAUGUUCAGGGGACAACAAACCUUAUGUUUGUGGGGGGUAUUGCUUUACUGAAUUUUUGUGGGUUUUAUGUGUCACAAUAGAACUAGAGUUGGGUGAUGCUGAACACUUCUAUGGAAAUUACUUGGUUGCCUUUAGUUUCUGUACCUAAUGCCGAGGAGACAAGAAUCAUCCAAAGUUGCUCAACAUGUGAAAGUUGGUGAUGUAUGAAGGUGCCCACAUUUCCUUUGACUCCCCACUAUAUUAUAUCUUGAAGGUAAAAGAGACUGGGCUUCAGAUGUCCCUGGUUAUCUAGUUGUGCGCUUUCACUCUGGUAUUUCUCAGAUGUUUAUCUGCUGUAGGCCGGUUCAAGCUCCAGCCAUCUAAGUAGGAGGUGGCUGUUGCAUAUUGUGAAACAUCGUGAUAUUUAUUUUGGGCAUCUUAAGCUAUCCUCUGGCACAUUAAAGAUUUCAUUAGCUUCAAGGUGCCUUUCUUUUAUAAGUUGAUUCCAUACUUGCAUAAUCUUCACUCAGGUGUCCACAAACUCGUGAGUUAACUGUGGACUUGGCUGUCACUAGUCUGAUUGAAGCAUCAUGGUGCAAAUCCUGCUUCAAGAUCUGCUAUUGAUAGCUUAGAGAUAGCUGUACUGUCAACGCCUCUUCAUCAUUUUGGACUUCUAGGCUCUCUGUGUAUUUAUGCUGUAUAUGAGCAUAUGGGGCAUCCUCUAUAAUGGUGGAUCUCAUAUACUGCGCUUUGGAGUUCCUUUCAACUUCACUUGGGAGCCUUUGAUAUGACACAAAUAGAGUCAUGUGAGGCCCAGAACAUCAGUUUCUCACGGAAACUCUUCCCUUUUGCUUGCUUU